UUGAAGAGCUGUUCUGAUCUUAGCCUGACAGCCUCAGCAUAAAGAACUCCAAAUAAAUUAAUCACUAAGAAGUAAGAGCAGCUUUCAUUCCCCCAAAGUGAGGUCUUGCUAUGUCCCUCUGGAUGGAAUACGGCUCCUUCCACAGAGACCAGACUAUGGACAGCCUUGAGAGGCAGCUCAUUUGCCCAAUCUGUCUUGAAGUCUUCACCAAGCCAGUAGUAAUACUUCCUUGCCAACAUAAUCUUUGUCGCAAGUGUGCAAAUGACAUUUUUCAGCCUUCUUUGUUUCAGGCCCGAGGGACUACGGUGGGAGCAGGAGGUCGAUUCCGGUGUCCAUCCUGCCGCCAUGAGGUAGUUCUAGACAGACACGGGGUGUAUGGCCUUCAGAGAAAUUUACUGGUGGAGAAUAUCAUCGAUAUUUACAAGCAGGAGUCAUCAAGCACACGGCCACUACCAAAACCAGGCCAGCCCACUUGUGAAGAGCAUGAGGACGAGAAGGUGAACAUCUACUGCAUUUCAUGCGAAGUGCCAACUUGCUCACUCUGCAAAGUGUUUGGCUCCCACAAAGAAUGUGAGGUUGCCCCUCUGCCAGAUGUCUACAAAGAACAGAAGUCGGAACUCAGCGAUGGGAUUGCUGCUCUCGUAGGUGCAAACGACAGAGUUCAAGCUUUUAUACAUCGCCUUGAGGGAACCAAUAAAAAUAUAGAGGAGAACUGCAAAAACCAAAAGCAGCUGCUGAGUGAGAAAUUUGACCGAAUGUAUGCAAUUCUGGAGGAGAGGAAGAAAAUCAUGAUGCAGAGAAUCACAUAUGAGCAGGAGGAGAAGACCAGCAAGACGCGUAGCUGGAUGCAGUCCUAUGCCACACAUAUUGCCGCCACUUCCAAGCUGGUGGAGACGGCCUUGCAGUCGAUGGAAGAGCCGCAGAUGGCUGUUUUCCUGCAGAAUGCAAGAAGUUUGAUUCACAAAAUCGCUGAGGCCACACAAGACUUAACUGUGGAAGAGCUGGAGCAGGGCUUUGAAAACAUGGAUCACUACAAAGUGGACUUUAAUGCUGAGGAGAGAAUUCUGUAUCAGCUUGAUUUUGUAAAAAAUGAUGAUGACACUGAGGAAGUGACAGAAGAAGAUCCGGAUCAUUGCAUAAUGGAGGAGACAGAGAGCUCAAUGGUAAAGUUGUACCAGAGCGAUGGCGCCAGUGAGGUCAAAGGCCAAACUGAAGAGCUGAGUGUGGUAAAGGGUCCGUAUUCAGAGGCAUCCAACAUGUGUGGAGGUCUUGCACAGCAGGCUGAACUGAAGGGGGAGCAGAAUGGCAAUGACUUAGAAAUUCAAGGACUUUUGGCAGAAGCCAGUGAAGAUACCAAACUCUAUCCUGACUGGUACAAGUCUAAUUCCUGGCAGUUAAUAACUCCAAGCCUAAUGCUCACAAGUGACAACCAAGAUGGUGCAAGUUCAGAUGUGAAUACCGCAUCAGCUGCACCCCAGGACAGGAAGGAGUCCUGGGUCUCUCCUGAUUUCGUGCCAGUUGCUUCUGGGGAUCCUCCCAAUGCCAAUUUAGCAAUGUCUGAUUUGGAAUCUGCCAAUGGGUUUGUAUCAGUUGCUGCCGAGUCCCAGCCUGCACAUGAAACUGUGGAAGGUCAUGAUGUUGUACCUUCUGAAGAUACACAGUGUGAACAUCAAACCUCAUCCACAGCCUCCGUCCCUCACCAGCCGGCAGUGUCUGGAGUAGCCAACGCUGAUUCGAAUCGCCACGUCUUCUCCUUUUCAUGGCUGAACUCUUUUUCGAAGCGACGAAAGUGAAUAAGGAUGCAGUUUUGGAAGUUGUGCUUCUGGACACUUUUGUUUAAAUUGCACGGACUUAUGGGAAGUACUGGUGGUAAAGUAACUGGGCUCAAGAGGAUGGAAUGACCACUGGGGGAGAACCCGGGCUGCAAGGCUGAGCUGGAGAUGAAUAGAGAGCUAAGCUUUAUGAACUUUUCAGAGUUAACAGCCCGAUGUUAUAAGUCUUGUACUUAAUGGCUGUUUGGAUCAGGUGAAAGAUACACGUGACAACUUGCUUUGGGAUUUUUGUGAACACAGGGGUCACAGAUGUUCAGUUUCUUUUGGUAAAGAUUUACAUGAAGACAUUAAAUGGCAAGACUGAAAUGUAUGCGAGCUCAAAUUUGCUUAAGAGCUUAUGCUUCAAAAAUAUAAAAAAGAAUGAAAUGUUGUGUGAUUUUAAAAAUAGUUGAAUUGAGCAUUAAAGGGUUCUGCCAUGAGCUGUACAUGAAGAAUACCGCACUGUUUCCAACGGCAAAUCUUGUGAUCGUCAUGUGCUUUGCUGUGCAAAGAGUUUUGUAAUGGCUGGGAAAGGCACUACGUAAAAUAAAAUAGACUUUGUGUUAUUUUACAUGGUGAUCUGAAAUAAAAAGACCAUCUGACUAGAGAAAUAACAGCGGUUAACAAUUUACAGUGUGCUCAUGAUUAGAGACCGGUUGACACUGCGCUCUUUUGGCAGACUCACUCAUUUCAGGCAAGUGGCGAUGAAAUUUAAAGUAAACUCACAGUGUGAGCGCACACCAUUUUUCUUUUUGGAAGAAAAACAAAAAGCAGGCAAGUCUAUGAAAGGGGAAAUAGACACCUCUGUUAUACAUAUUAAUAAAAAGUAGGAAAAGCAAAGGUAUGUUAGAUAACUGAGCUUCAAAGAUGGAUGAGCAAGUACACAUCUUCAUGUUAGCUGACAAACAGAAGAGUUAUUUGUUUGUUUUAUUUUAUAGCACGGCCCACAUAACCUAGCAAUGCCUUUGACCCUGUAAAUAAAAGACAAAUAUAUUAAAAAUAAGCAAACUAUAUACUGAACAUGAGGUGGAAGAAUCAUUCAUUUUUAAUUACAUGUCAGGGAACUAGCAAUAACACUGUAAAUCCUUUCACAUUAAAACCAAUUAGUGUUGUAUCAUCAGGUCAGCUAUAACAAAAUAAUGAAUUACAUCCAAGGGAACUCCAUUUGUCCAGGCAAACUCUGUGGUGGCUUUGUCCAAACUUGAACAAAACAGCAACAUGCCCCAUCACAAG